AUGAAAGUUAACGCCUUUGUGUCCUCCUCGGCCCGCAAAAGCCGCAAAGCCCACUUCCAGGCUCCAUCCCACAUCCGUCGGCGGAUCAUGAGCGCUCCAUUGGCCAAGGACCUCAGAACCAAGCACGGAGUUCGUUCAGUCCCAAUCAGGUAUGUUCCUUUUGUUAUUAUUGCAUUCUACUUUUAGGAAUGACUAGUUAGUUUACCACAGAGUUUUAAAGACGACUUAAUAUUUUUUUCAAACAUAAUGAUUUACCUCUUGUUCAGAACCGACGAUGAAGUUACCGUCACUCGUGGUCACUACAAAGGCAACUCUGGCCGUGUCAUGCGCGUCUACAGGAAGAAGUUCGUCGUCCACAUCGACAAGAUCACCCGCGAGAAGGCUAAUGGAACCACCGUACACGUUGGCAUCCACCCUUCAAAGGUGAGGCGUUAAUCGCUAGUGCCCGUUGUUUUUCGUCAAGAAAAGUACGGUUGUACACGAACAUCAACAUCCAAUCACAAAAUCAAUGGUUUCAUUACCAGACGUUUGGUUUGUAGUGAAUUGGAAAUUAUGGUUGGCUUAAUUUUAGGUUUAUCUGUUAAUCGAUUAGUUUUUGUAUCUGUAAGAAUCAAAAGCAUAAAUUUUUAACAGGUUUACUUAAUAUCGCCAUUGAUUUUGUGAUGGACGUUGUCGUUUUUUCAAAACUAAAAAAAAGAAUACGUUUGUCUACAAAUGUUGAUUGACUAAACCUUAAUUUUGCAGGUUGUCGUCAACAAACUGAAGAUGGACAAAGACCGUAAGGACUUGUUGGACCGCAAAGCCGAAGGACGAUCAAGAAUCACCGGCGAACUUAAGGGAAAGCACAGUGAAGAAGCUGGUGAACAGUAA